AUGAGGUCGCUGGGCCAGAAUCCCUCGGAAUCUGAACUGCAAGACAUGAUCAACGAGGUGGAUGCAGACAACAAUGGCACCAUUGACUUUCCAGAGUUCCUCACGAUGAUGGCGCGAAAGAUGAAGGAUACCGACUCCGAGGAGGAGAUUCGAGAGGCGUUCAAGGUGUUUGACCGAGACAACAACGGCUUCAUUUCUGCCGCCGAGCUGCGCCAUGUCAUGACCUCAAUCGGCGAAAAGCUCACAGAUGACGAGGUGGAUGAGAUGAUCCGGGAAGCCGACCAGGAUGGCGAUGGUCGCAUCGACUACAACGAAUUCGUACAAUUGAUGAUGCAGAAAUGA